CACUAGCUAUAUCGGCUCGUCGGCAAAGCUUGUCAAUUAAUGGGUUCCAAGCUCCCAGCCGCUGUACAGCUCUCCCAGGUGGCCAAGCUAGGCUCCCUCCUGCUCCUCUUCCUCCUCGCGCCGCUGGUGCCCUCCUUCCUAAGGGUUCCUUACUUCUACCUCCUCUUCAACGUCAUCGUCCUCGGGCUCGGUAUCCAAGCCGGCCUCCUUCGCGGCGGCGGCAUCAUAGGCGUCAUAACCGCCACUUCCUCCGCACCACGCGCCGACGACAGGUCACCGAGCGAUCAGGCAGGCACGCCCAUCAGCAUCGGGGCUUCGCCGUCUCAGAGGGCGAGAUCUGUCCAGCAGCCCAGCGUCGUCGAGCAGAAGGCGGCUGCAGAUGCUCCUGUGGUCUCUGUCUUUGGAGCAAGUAUUCCUCUUCCUGUUAUUGACCUGAAGAUCAUUCUUCCUAUUAUUGAGUUGAAGACCAAGACCAAGGAGGUGGUGCUGACGCUGAUGAAGAAGUGCCCGUCCACGGCCAGCAUCUUCUUCCUCAGCGCUCUCGACGGUGGCCAAGCCGGCGGCGAGGAGCAGGCGUACGAAGAGAAGGAAGAUCGUCAUAAGGUCGACGUGGACCGCGAUGUGACCAUGAGUCGGCAGGAGCUAUUUGCCAACACUGAGAGGUUCAUCGGAAUGUUCCGCAAGCACCUCAGCACGGAGACGCACUAGUCCUGCUAUUAGCUACCCCAAAUAUGUUUCUUUUUCUUUUCUUUCUUUUCUUUUUUUGCAUCAUUCUAUAUAUACUUUUAGCUUUUUAAAAUUAACAUCAUUAGUUAUCAGUGUGUACCAGCAAUCUGCAGUACUUUGAAGCCCAUGCAUGAGGCACCCAUGCAUAGUAGAGUGUAUGUAGACCAGGAGCAAGCAAAGAUUACCGCGGCACCCAUGCUUGGUUGUGUUGUGUGUUGUAAGUUGUUCCUUCACCACUUGUGGCGCAUUUUGGUCAUUUGGAGUUCUAUUAUUUUAAAAGAAAGCCAGUGCGGUGAAUAGAUCAGAAAAGAUUACUAAUCUGGAAUAAUAGCCCGAGUGGCC